AUGAUGGCACGUCGCACAACAACAGCGUCGUCGCGGAAAGAUGAAUUGACUAAGCUGAAUGAAGUGGACGAAAACAGACGACAAGACGAUUCGAACAACAACGAUAUUAGCAAAGAAACUGGUGAUGACGGUCACGAUGACGUUGUUCAAACGAAUGACAAGUUCCUAGACGAGUUCGUUGUUGCAGAUGAAUUAUCAAUAGCGGAUCGUUGUGUACAGUUUGCGUUAUCCGGUCUAUCACGAUGGGAUUCCAUUCAUUUUCUGCACAUAAUGCAAUAUGGUUACACUUAUGAGAACACUCUAGCAUUCUUUCCGUUAUUCCCAACCGUGGUUUAUUACUCAACGGUCAUCUGGAGUUGGGCCGUGCCAUUCAUCCACUUCACCACUGCACUCAUGCUGACAGCUGUCACGAUCAAUUUUGUAUGUUUCGUUGUUAGUGCGCAACUGUUGUAUGCGCUCGUAUUGGCCAUAACCAAAUCGGCAAAGAUCUCAUUAUUGGCAUGUUUGGUAUUGACGUUGAAUCCAGCGAGUAUCUUCUUUUCGGCGAUUUAUUCAGAAACCCUUUUCAUGUUGUUCACUUUAUGUGGACUGCUCAUGCUCUAUAUCGAUCCAACUCUACCGUUUAUUCGACACAUCCUCGCUGCUUUCUUCUUUGGUUUG